GAUAUUUUUGAUGUGAGACAUUUUAUUGAUUCAUUAAGAGAUGAAGUUCGGAUCUUUAGGAGGCUUCCUAAACGUUAUAGCACCAAGUCUGGUUACCAGAUGUUCCAAAUGCCUCCUGUUAGCUGGUCUGAUGAUAACUAUUACUUGAACCAGAUAUUGCCCCUGUUUAGCAAACAUAAAGUUGUUCACUUUAAUAGGACGGAUACCCGCCUAGCAAACAAUGGUCUUCCUCUCUCACUCCAGCGGCUCAGGUGUCGUGUGAACUUCCAGGGACUUAAUUUCACUCCACAGCUUGAGGUCCUGGGGUCUAAGCUAGUCCGCAUGCUACAGCAAAGAGGGCCCUUUGUCGCUUUACAUCUGCGAUACGAGAUGGACAUGUUAGCUUUCUCUGGCUGCACUCGUGGUUGCAGUGACGAAGAAGCGGAGGAGCUUAAAAAGAUGAGGUACACAUAUCCAUGGUGGAGAGAGAAGGAGAUAGUCUCAGAAGAGAGGAGGGCGCAAGGGCUGUGUCCUCUGAAGCCAGAGGAGGUGGCGUUAGUUCUAAAAGCACUGGGAUUCGAUAAAAAUACAGAGAUAUACAUUGCAGCUGGUGAGAUUUCUGGCAGCGAGCAUAGACUGUCUGUUCUAAGAGAAGCAUUCCCGAGAAUUGUAAAGAAGGAAAUGCUAUUAGAGUCCACAGAGUUGCAGCAAUUUCAGAACCAUUCGUCUCAAAUGACUGCUCUAGAUUUCAUGGUAUCUGUGGCCAGCAACACUUUUAUUCCCACGUAUGAUGGAAACAUGGCAAAAGUGGUGGAAGGUCAUCGGAGAUAUCUCGGGUUUAAGAAGACAAUCAUGCUUGACCGCAAGAGACUCGUCGAGCUGCUGGAUUUACAUGACAACAAGACCCUCACGUGGGAUCAGUUUGCAGUAGCCAUCAAGGCAGCACAUGAGAGACGAUCAGGAGCACCUACACAUCGAAGAGUAGUUCCUGACAAACCUAAGGAGGAAGAUUACUUCUACGCAAACCCUCAAGAAUGUCUAUGUGAAGGGUACAAGCUACACAUCAGCUAAACUGAUUCUCACUCCCAGAAGAUGAUUUCGCCUUGCCCACCAACCAAACAAAGAUCUUUGAGCCGUCUCUCUUGGUAAUACUCUAGCACGUCAUGUUCAAGCUGUCUGUCCUUGAAGAUUUGGUCUCACCAAUCCUUAUCUUGAGAGCCAUUUCCAUCCUAAGUCCUUUCCUUCUUCCAGAAGCUUUUCAUCCUUCCAAAGACGAGCAAGAAUUGAGUGUGCUAAGUAGCUUAAAAGGACAGGAGAGGUAAGAGUUGGAACGUAAAUUCCACCUUUUCAAUGGUGGUAGUAAAACCAGAAAUAACAAAUUUGCAGGCAUCUCUGACAACACGGCAUAUAAGUUCCUCGUUUGAACGAGUUACAGGCAACUCAAGAUGCCCCCAUAUGGUGUUUCUGAAGAUAGACUCUAACAAGAAUGCGUCUGAACCGCAAAGAGCCACAAGCCGAAUGUACUGGAGCAUGCCAGAGGGAAGAGAUUGGCCCUCUACAAUGUCAAAGUAUCCAGUCUCACCCAUUAGCCACAGCAAUAUCCAACUUGUCUCCAAGGAAGGGGUCUGAUUCUGGUAUCUCUAUUGUUAAAGACUUAUGUGCUCCGGUUAAGGUUUGAUUCCACAAAACCGUGGUCCGGAGCAAGGUCUGCAUUGCUUUUGUUCAGAUCAUACUGAAUGCGCCGGCUUAACAUUGUU